GUUUGCCAGCUCUACUAUAGUAUCUCGAGCUCCUCUUGGCAUCACGCUCCCAACACCACCCGGUGCAGAUAUCUCACAUUGAAAGAAAGGAGAGGGGGAAUGGCAGAAAAGGACAACAAGAAAGAAAAUGAGGAAUAUGUCGGGACAAUAAAAGGUGGGCUGCGGCCCACGAUGAGACUGGUUGUCAUGGGUAUUGUUAACAAGAAGCCUCAGAGCAUGGUGGUGUCCCUGUCCAGUGAUCCAGUUGAAGAGGACUUUGAGGGAGACGUGGGUUUGCAGGUAAAGGUCAACUUCCUGGCUAAAGCUGUGCAGAGGAACGCCCGUCUGGCUGGGAACUGGGGGACAUCAGAGAACACCUUGUCAUUCUUCCCCUUUGCUGCUGGGGAGCCCUUCAAGAUGGAGAUAGUUUGUGAACACCAGCAGUUCCGAAUCCUGGUGGAUGGCCAGCCCCUGUGUGGCUUCACCCAUCGUCUGUCUCCGCUGGCCUCUCUCACCGCCCUGCGAGUCUUUGGAGACCUACGGCUCACUAAGGUAGCAUAACACCAGGAACAGACCCGGGGGGGGGGGUCCCAAAAUUACACCCUAGACUCUAUAUAGUCCACUACAUUUGGCCAGGGCUCUGGUCAAAAGUAGUGGACUAUAUUGGGAAUAGUGUGUCAUUUGAGACGGCCAUUUCCCCACAGUUUAGUCAGACAAGGUAUUGUGAAGAUAGGCGGGCCAGGGUAUAGGCGUCGUAGAAGGUGGAGCAUUUUGGUGAUAUCUUGAUCCUUGUGAAAUGUGAAUGUUUGGCACUUAACACCUGCUCCUUAAUAAUUGCGCGAAGUGAAGUGCCUUCACUCUAGAUUAGCUGUUUAUGGUUGUGACUGGGUGAUUUUGACUACAGUUAAUGAAUGUAAUCCAUGUUAAUGAUUGAUUGAUUGAUUGAUUUCCUUAAGCAAACCAUUUGAUGGACUAUAUAUAUACACACUAUACUACGUUGCCCUUGGGAACACAAUAUUUUUUAGAUUUAGGUAAAUGAAAUAUGAAAUGCUGCAUUUGUGACUGUCGAGAUACAACGUGAGAUGAAUGUGCAUCAAAACAAACAAACAAACAAACAUUCCUUAUAGUUCAUGACGUUGCAGGUUUCCAGAGAAGCAAUUACCAAAACAAAAGCAAUGUCUUUAAUAUGCGCCCGUACUACAGCAGGGUGCCCAGCUCAUUGCUUCUGUAACACCUAUAGAAUUAAUACUACCUUAUUGCAUGGUAUUUGUGUUAGUCUGUGUUAGCUGUUAGGUCAACAUAUUGUCGUCUACUGUAGCUCUCGACAUCACAGGACUGUAAAUCCUUUCAAACAAGCUGUCAAACCAUCUUUAAACCAUAUUUAGUUGUUUGAAAUAGAUUGUUGUAGAAAUUAACUUAAAUAAAACAAUUUUCCCAAAUGAUUGUGUUAUCAUAUGUCCUGUAAAGAA